AUGUCGAAUUUUAAUACUACGCACAACUAUAAUAAUUUAACGUCGUUGGACGAUAUAUACAGAAAAUAUACAGACCCAAACUAUUACUCUAAUCAAAAGAAAACAAUUUUAAACUUAGCUGCUUUAAUCAAUGCAACUAUUCUGAUACCGUACGCAAAUUACUGCCAGAUCUAUAUUCUAAAUUCGGGAUUUCUGACAACGCUAAAUGAUAGUAUAAAAUAUAUAUCCUCUAAUAAUCCGUUAUUCAGAUUCGAUAAUUUAUCUACUGAUGGUAGACGAUCUUUUUUCAUUACUUGUAGAAAUAGUGCACUUCAUAAUAUAAGUGAUAAUGAGAUCGAUUUGGAUUUCAGUAAGAUUCUCAGUUCGUUGGUGGAAGAUAUCUGGAAUCUGCACCUAAACACGACAGGCGAUUGGAAAUUUCUAUUUGAAAAUGAUUCAUUCACAAAUAGUUUAAUUAUGAUUGCUUUCACUAAUUGUGCAAUCUCAAUAGCUACUUGGAUGGUCUAUUUCUUGUUAUUUCUAUUGCCAAGGUAUAACAAUUUAAUGAUUCAGAGAAUUAAAAUAUUACAUAUUUAUAUCCUUUUUGCUGCAAUUUAUGAAACCACAUUUUAUACUUCACAAUCCAUCAACCAAUUUAGACACCAAUAUAUGGGUAAUAUUCAGUCAGUGGAUUUAUAUGAGAAAACCAUUAUUAGUCAGAGUAAUAGUUAUAACGUAUACCAGUUAUUCACUUAUUCUCUCAAUAUUAUAAAUUGGUAUUAUAUUAUAUAUUAUAUUAUUGUUAACUCAAGAAAGAUAAAUAGUAAAAGGAAAAAUAAUAAAAAAGCUAAAAAUUUAAUCCAAUCAACUUGUAGUUAUUAUCAAAAAUUAAUACGAAUAACUUUUAUAUCUCGAUUGAAAAAAAUUUGGUACAAAUUUACACCAAGAAUUUUGAAAAAUUUUAAAUAUUCAUAUAUUAUUUUUACCACGGCACUAGUGGUUUUCCAAACUAUAGUAUCAGGAUUCAUUUUAUGGAUUAAAGAUACACAUUCAAUUAAUAAUUUUUUCAUUGUUAUGAAUGCUAUUAAUGUUACGGCUUUAUUAAUAUUCUUAUACAUAUAUUUGAAAUCAGUUGCAUCAUAUAUUUUUUUCGAUUCUACAAACAUUUCAUUAGAUCUGAAAAGUUUUUUCAAAAUUCUUUAUAAUGAUUACCAUCAAACAAUCCCAACUUUGAUUUAUAAUUUUGCUGUUUUUGUGGGAUAUUAUAUCAUUUUAUUCUAUAGGAUUGUUUAUGAGAAUGAUUCAAUCUCUUGGAAAUAUUCUAUCAUCAGAUUUUUGAAAUUAUUAAUAACAGUAAAUGUCUGGAUACUGAUAGUUGUGUUUGAACAAAGAGAAAAUUAUUUAAAACGGGAAACUAUAAUAGGUAAAAAAAUUACCAAUAAUGACACGUUCUAUGCAGAUCCAAUGAUGACACCUGACCUUCCAAAUUCGGAUGGUUCUUAUAAUAAUGAUGAUUACGAUGACGAUGACGAUGACGAUGCUUGUUCAAGUAAAGAAGAUGGUGAUGAAAAUGAGGAGCAUGAAGAAGAAGAUGAUGAUAUUUCUAUGGAUUUUCAAUUCAUUAAAAGAUUUUGGAAUUCAUUGAAAUCAAGUAAAAAGGAAACUAAUAUGCCAAUUUUUUAUCAUGACGAAAUUGUUCAAGAGGGCGAAUUUGAGCCUCAUGUAGAUGUGAACUCAAGUAGAUUAGAAUCAUUUUACAACGAAUAUCCCACAAAGAAUUAUUACAAUAAUAAGGUAAUUGGUGUUACAAAUUCUUUAACAAAUGGAUCAACAUCGAUUGCAAUGAAUAACAACUUUGCUUCUAACACAAAUAAUUACAAUAGAAAUAACAGCACUGAUAAUGCCAAUAAUAAUGGUAAUGAUAAUGAUAAUGAUAAUCAAAGUGUAGAAACAGAACUACAAAGGAACUUAAUUUAUGAAUUUGAUGAAAAUAAUGAUAAUUAUUCAUUUUCUGAUUAG